AUGUCGGACAUUGAUGUGAGCAAUAGAGACGUUGACAUGGAUAGGGUUGAACGCAAUUACGCGGUUAUGCGGUUAGAGUUAUCUGAAGUUGCACCUAAGGGUAUGUUAUCAUGCUCUGUUAAACCUAUUGGAUCAGAAAUGGUUAAUUUUGACUUCCAAGUGUCAGUGCUUCCAGUUAUCUGUCCGGAGCAACCAUACUAUAGAGUCAAUACAUCGGAAUGGCAUCACAUUCAAGGUCUACCUCUCGCUGACCCUGACUUUGCGAAGCUGGGCCCAAUAGAUUUACUCUUAAAUGCAGAGAUCUUUGCAUCUUCCAUUUUAAGUGGUAAGAAGGAGGGCCGGAAGGGGCAGUCAAAGGCUUUGGAGACUGUUUUCGGAUGGGUUCUGAUGGGUGACUGUUAUGCCUCUCGUACACAAUCUUUCACUAAUUGUCGGAAAGAUUGUUUUUUCGUGUCGAAUGCUUCACAAUCAAACUUGUCGCUGUCGGUGGAUGAUUCUCUUAAAAGGUUCUGGGAACUAGAAAAUAUUUGUGGUCCGAGUAAACCUAUCUUGUCGAAAGAGGAUCAACUAUGUGAAGAUAACUUCCGUGCAAAUUAUUGUCGCACGAGUGAAGGCCGGUUCGAGGUACCUCUACCUUUCGUCGAUCCUUCGAACAAGCCUACCUUUUCGCACACUCGUGAAAUUGCAAUGCGGAGAUUUUUUUCGUUGGAACGCAAGCUUACAAAGCAUGCGGAUUUUCGUAAAGCUUAUGCCUCCUUUAUGGAAGAGUAUGAGGUCAGUGGUCAUAUGGAGCAGGUUGCGCCGCCUGUCUCUAGUGUCGGGAAUUUUAAUUACAUCCCACAUCAUGGUAUUUUGCGCCCCGAAUCUGUCAGUACACCUCUGAGAGCCGUUUUUGACGCAAGUUGUCGUGACAGCAAUGGGAUUUCGCUUAAUGAUACACUACUAGCUGGACCUAAGUUACAAACUAAUAUUUUUGAUGUCCUUACUAGGUUUCGAUGGCAUAAAAUAGUCUUUACGGGUGACAUAAAGGCCAUGUAUCGUCAAAUCCUCGUGCCAAACGAGGACGCUGAGUAUCAGCGGAUAUUGUGGCGACCUUCGACUGACGGCCCAGUUAAAGACUAUCGUUUGCGGACGGUAACUUAUGGUGUGAAAUCGGCUCCGUAUCAAGCUUUGCGCACAAUAGCACAGAUAGCGGAGGAGACUGCUGACUCCUAUCCUGAAGGGUCACAAGUGCUUGGGAGAGACAUUUAUGUUGAUGAUGUCGUGACAGGCGCUGACUCUAUUGAGCAAGCUUUAAAAAUUAGAUCAGAUUUAUCUGAAAUUUUGUCAUCGGGUGGGUUCCAUUUGAGAAAAUGGACCUCCAACCAUAAAGGUUUUAUCGUUGACCUUCCAUCUUCUGAGUUGUAUUCGAGUGAUUUUAAACAUUUUGAUGAACUUUCGGAUUUGUCCCUUAAAAUAUUGGGAUUGUUAUGGCGUCCACAAACAGAUUCGUUCCAAUUUGAGGUUGCAACACCACGUGAUCAGAAAUGUACUAAACGUACUAUUUUAUCGAAUAUAGCGCGCAUAUAUGACCCGCUAGGAUUCUUAUGUCCUGUCACGUUUCACGCUAAAUAUUUAAUGCAGGUCUUGUGGUCAUCUGGGGUGCAAUGGGACGAUGAUGUUCCAGAAGCAAUCACAUCAGAAUGGAUGAAAUUUACCGAUCAACUUCCGUCGUUGAAAUCUGUCGUUAUUCCCCGUCGCAUCAUCCAUUCGUUUGUUUCAUUACAAUUGCAUGGAUUUUGUGAUGCGUCGGAGCGUGGUUACGCUGCUGUCGUCUUCUGUCGUGUCGAUGACACACAAGGCUCUACUUUUGUAGAGCUUUGCUGUGCCAAAAGUAAGGUUGCGCCUCUGCGUAAAUUAUCAAUUCCUCGAUUGGAACUGCAGGCUGCCGUGUUGUUGGCAGACCUGAUGCAGUCAACACAAGAGGCAUUAAAACCUCUCUAUGUUGUUCAGGAAAUAUUUGCAUGGUCAGACUCGACCGUAACGUUAGCUUGGAUCAAGUCGUGCCCUUCACGCUGGAAAACAUUUGUUGCAAAUCGUGUGAGCCAUAUCCAGGAUCUUGUUGCUCCUGAUCGCUGGCGUCACGUCAGUACACACCACAAUCCUGCUGAUGCAGGAUCCAGGGGGUUACUGCCUGAAGACUUGGUAGAGUGUGAUAUUUGGUGGAAGGGUCCGUCGUGGUUGGUAAAGGAAGAGAAGGAUUGGCCUUGCUCACCUUUGCACGAUCCAAGCAAUGACUGUAUUGUAGAGGAACAACGUAUUUGUAGCUUACUCGUGACGGCCGAUCCUAACUUAAUUGAUGAAGUCCUUAGCAGGUUCUCCUCGCUUUUCACAUUAAAGCGUGUGUUAGCCUACUGUUUCCGUUUUUUACGGUCAGCUAAGGAUGGAAAAGUUGUCGGAUCUCUACAGUCAGCUGAAACCACUGCAGCUCUCAUGUUUUUAGUAAAACAUGUGCAGCUCACUUCGUUCAGUGUAGAGAUCAAUCAAUUAAGGGAGGAUCGUUUGAACGCAUUGCCAAAGGGUUUGCGCAAGCUUUCAUUAUUCAUUGACAGUCAGGGUAUUGUCAGGGUGGGCGGUCGCUUGGCAAAUUCUCCUAUUAAAUUUUCUGUCAAACAUCCCAUUUUAUUGCCUCGCUCCCACCGACUCACUAUUUUAAUAAUUGACGAAUAUCAUAAAAGAUUUUUACAUCCAGGUGCCCAAACUUUACAAAAUUUACUUGCGCAAACGUUUUGGAUUUUGUCGCCAAAGCGAGCAAUUCAGGCAGUGAUUGGAGGCUGCGUGAAAUGCUUUCGUGCCAAUCCCUCUGCGGCAUCUCCGCCGCUUAUGGGAAAUUUGCCUACUUUUCGCGUCUCGCAAAUUAAACCUUUUUCGAGUGUCGCCAUUGAUUAUGGAGGACCAUUUGAUAUCGCUUUCGGUCGUGGCCGUGGUGCGAAAACGUACAAAGGUUACAUCUGUGUUUUUGUAUGUACUAGUACCAAAGCCAUUCACAUAGAGCUUGCUUCAGAGUUGUCGACAGAAGCUUUCCUCUGUGUUCUUAAACGGUUUGUCGCUCGUCGUGGUCGAUGCAGUAACAUUGUCUCUGACCAGGGUAGGAAUUUUGUGGGCGCUAGUAACUAUCUUGGUUCACUCAUGAAAGGUGCUGCUGAUGCCCAAGAAAUUAAAUUCUCGUUUAACCCUCCGGGUACGCCUCAUUUUAACGGAUUAGCUGAAGCCGGGAUACGCUCGGUUAAGACUCACCUCGCACGGGUUGUAGGUAAUCAAAGGUUAACCUUCGAGGAAUUUUAUACAAUUCUGACUCAGAUUGAGUCUAUGCUCAACUCUCGUCCAUUGACACCUCUUAGCUCGGAUCCUAGUGAUCUCUCAGCCUUAACUCCAGGCCAUUUUUUAACUCUGGAACCGUUGUCGAUUGUCCCAGAGGAAAAUCUUGUAGACAAAAAAAGUAAGUGUCUGUAAUCGUUGGAAAAUGAUACCGAAAAUGCAUCAAGACUUCUGGCGUAGAUGGCACGCUGAGUACGUCCAUACUCUACAACAGAGGACUAAAUGGAAUAAAGUAAAUACAAACAUUGUCGUGGGUUCCUUGGUCUUGUUGAUUAACGAACAGACAAGCCCUUUAAAAUGGCCUCUUGGGCGCAUCGUUGCUCUACAUCCCGGAGAUGACGGUGUCUGUAGAGUGGUCACAAUUCAAACUGCCACUGGUCAGUACAGAAGACCAGUUGUGAAGCUGUGUCCUUUACCACUUUCAAAUUAACUUUCGUCGUUCUAGUAUUAUCACUUAGUUUAACAUUAUAGUUUUUAAGUAGUUUGUCGAACUCUAGCACUAUUUGUAGAGUAAAUAUUGCAUAUUUAGGUGAGCGGUAUGUUCAACUUUCGUAUGAAUAUCGGUUUUUUAAAGAAACAACACUAUUUUGUCUUUAGCUUCCGGUGUGUUUAGCCCGGCACUAAUCAUUUCCGGUAGCCAUUACCUCACAUUCUUUUCGCUCUCGAUCUAACUUGCGAACGCGUCGC